CGCUCGGCACUUUUUUUUGCGCUGGACAGUUCCCCACAUACCCAUGAGAGUUUUGAGAGCCGGUGUACGCGCCACCCUGGCCUUGUGAGUGCAGAUGGAAUGAGUGGCUUGAUUCAGGGAGUAUUUUCUCUUACAUGUGUUCAGCAUCUUAGGCUGUUUUUAAUUCCUUUUUCCACGCGGGCGAUUCCCCGUUUCUGGAAUGUAAUUCUGCUUCAGCGUUUCUCUCGACUCACUGUUUCAUGCUGUAUGACUGAAUGGAAGAAGCAGAUAUACUGAUGAUGACUGAUUGAAGAAUGAAGUUGUAAUAGACUGUGACUGGACUGUGUAGGC